CUUUUCUUCCUUCACCGCCUUAAUCGCGUGCCAGCUAAAAUGCUCGAUGCGGUUUAGUCCAAUUGGUUUUGACCUUACUGCUAUAGUACUAGCUAGGUACCCCAGUACUACCCUUAUCGUUAUCCAGCAUCCCUGCAGGGACUCUCCGCAUGAUUCAUCCCAUCAUCGGCUUCCCGUCAGCUUGCUCCCCUGCACUUUCAAACAAAAAUGUUGCAAUAGAUACCCCACAUUCUCUCUUAUUUUCUCAUAAUAUAAGCCAUUUUCUUCAUUUAUUUCUCUUUAUAUAUAUACACAUGGCUUUGGCUUUAUAACCACACCCCACAAUGGACGAACCAUCAAACCCCGAACUCGAGUCCUUCCGCCAGCAGUGGCGCGCCGAGGUAUCCGCGAAAUCGAAACCCGGCGACUCGAGCACCUCCAAGAAAUCGACCCAGCCUCCGUCGAAACCGACUGCGCGCAGGCCAUCUGUUGUCCCCAAAGCUCCACCGAGGCCAUCCGCGGAUGCUGAAAGCGACAACGAACCCUCCGACGAGGAUGCCGACCUAGCAUCUCCCGCGCCCCUCCACCCUCCCAGCUUCGAGGUCUCCCCAGCAAGGUCGGCAGUCGAGAAAGAUGUCGAGAAAUUCAGCGGCACUGCGCCCAAAGAGCCGGAGUCGGCAUUGGAACAUUAUGAAAAGGCCGCUGAGCGAGAAGCACAAGGCAAUCUCGGGGACAGCUUGACGCAUUACCGAAAGGCCUUCAGGAUAGACGACCGCGUCGACCUCAAAUACAAAAAUAAACACUUCCCCCCCUCCGCCGCCCCGAAACCCACCGCCGCCGCCACCACCGCGAUCCCCUCCUCC